AGCGUGUAUGUAAGAAGCAGAAGAGGCAAUGAUAACGUACAGGUUGUGAUGGGUUGAGUGCUGGGGUCGGAUUCAGAAGCCAGGUCGCUGUUGUGCAGCUGUAUCUCAGUCGAGACCGGGCGUUGAAGAGGGGAGAGGUGCGAUUGGCUAACGUCGGGAGUGAUUGACGUCCCUUCGCUGUUCUUGAUAAGAGGAGGUUUGCGAAGGGGGUAAGGGGGCUUAUAAAAUAUCGGAUUCCUCUCGCAAUAUGCAGAAACGAUGAGUUUAACUCACUCACGCGUGUUGCGGUAGGCUUUUAGCUGAUCAGCUGGUGGAAUACAUCUGAGGAAAGACGUGAGAAACUCGCCUGCACCAAACUGCAAAAGGAACGCUUUACUUACUAAGAGUCAUCUUUAUAUCCAGCCUGUGGCAGCUCGCACCUACUGGUAUCACGCUGGCCACCGGUCAAGCACGUGGAAAUGAGAUUUGUCUUUUGGAUUGUCGUGUUUAGCACCUGUCUACUCGGGGCUACAGUGGACAGUGUGAUUAUUGACCAGUACCGCAAGUGGAGGAUGACAUACCAAGAGGUUCGACCUGACAAAACUGAUAUAAAUACAAAAGCCAAGAUACAACACAAAGGUCGAGUUGCCAAGAACUUCGCUCCGAACGGCAAUAGAUGUUGUAAGGUUGGUGAGAAAACAGCCAAGAAGAGGCUCUCGUGCAGCAGUGUGGGCAUGUAUGCUGCAGCACGUGCAUUUAACAAUUAUGCGCCAAAAUCAAAAAUCCAUUUACGUAAUGGAAGAAAGUUUCCCAAAGUACUGACAGCAAAAAUAAGAAAGUGCUCUAAAGAGUUUUCCAAAAAGUUUGAAAAGUGUUGUAAAAUGAAAGCCGAAUAUUACCGUCAUAUGAAAAAAUGCAGGCGCCUGAGUCGAUCUGAACGGAAAAGAUGUAGAGACUUGACGAAGCGCCGUUACAGAUCCUGAAGGACUAUGACGGGUGUAUUUUUGUACUUAAAAACUAUUUAUGUCCUUUGAAAGGAUCAGACGAUACAGGUAUGACAUGGGUAUGUGUACAUUCACCGAUUCCACCACCAGUCUUACGGUGCUCUCUCUCUCUCUCUCUCUUAGUACGUAUCAUUCCCCCCCCCCCCCCCCCCCCCCCCCCUCCCCCUCGCUCCAGGACUUACCCACGUGUACCCCCCUCAUAUGGACCAAUAUUGUGAAAUAGGUCAGCUCACCCCAAGCAUUUACAGCUCCAUGGAAAUGUGUUGGCGGUUGGAUCAUUAUUGUAUGGCCCGCCGCCGUCUGAUAUAAGCGACAAGAUUGCUUAACCCAACUCUUGUCAAUCAUUCCUCGUCCAUCUAUAACAUCAUCGUUCACCUUUUAUAGCCAGUCCUCGGCCAAAUAUAUCGUAACGUGGUGUCAAGAAAAAUACACGACAUGAACAUUCCCCCCCUCAGCGGUGGCAAUGUGACGUCAUCACUGACGUCAUCGUGAUGUCAUAUUCGCCACCUUCAGCAGAGACUCGUGAACAGUGUCCAGUAAGGAGUUAAGGACAUGGAAGGUGUUGUUCUCAAGCAUUACAUCCACGUUCCUUCCUAUCAUUCACAUAGAUUCAUAGACCAACCUGCACUCAUCACAGGCUUAAACCAGAGGGCUGUACGACCGAGAGCGUGUUGCUACAAUGGUGGUGGCGGCCGAUGGCGAGGUUGCCGUCCUCAUCAAGGGGCCACAGGUGGAUGAAUUAUUUAUGUUUCCCGAACUCUGUCGAGCCGAUAAAAUACGACGUCAGUUUGUGACGCGUCUAUGACGUUAGUGUCACGUGACGUAACCCGCCUGCUCUGUGUGUAAUGGGGCAAGCGACCAGGCGAUCAAUGGCUGUGUAGUAGGUGUCGCUGUGCCUACGUUGUCAUCUCGGCGAGGUCGACGUCUCUUCCUGCUGCUGCUGCUGUUGCUCCUGCUAUUGUGUACAUAAGCAUAUUACAACAAACACUGGGUACUGUGUGUUCUAGCCAUAGACAAAUGGUUUAUAUAUUUUUUUCUGUUUUGUUGAAAUUCUAUCUUGUUUAUUUGUUAUUAUAAGGUGAUAAUAAAGACAUAAUAUAGAAAAGAAA